AUGAAAACUACAUACCUGACCAGCUUAUCCGCAAGCUUCAACCCAUUCCUGCCCACAUCCAAGAUCCCGCGCUUAGUACUGUCGCUUCUACCAGCCGCUGCGCACCGAACCAUCAAGAUCAAGUCGACACAGCUACCGCGAAGCUCCACCGCUCCGUCCACGCUUGAAUUAGCCUUCAAAGACGGCAAGACCUUGAAGUACAGCUGGCCGAUUGAAACGGUCAAGCUGAGGGAUAUCAUAUGGGAGGUCGAUAGGCACGCGCGGGUGAUGGCGAGGCAGGAGGAUCUGAAGGGCUGA